AUGUUGGUGAACAAGAUGCUGUCCCUUCGCUCCGCUGUGCGGAGAGCUUCUACUAAGCCCCUCCGAUCCCUCUCCGCACCGCUCACUGCAUCUCCUCUUCGUGGUGUUGCUGCCCGUGCCGUUUCCACCCCUCUGCGCCAGGACCGUGGUUACUCGCGUGCAACUGAUCCUCAUCUCAGCUCCACCCGCAACACUGUGGUGCAGUUGUUGAGCAACAUCGGCUCCAAGCGUGAGGUUCAGCAGUACCUCUCCCACUUCACCUCGGUCUCUUCUCAGCAGUUCGCGGUCAUCAAGGUCGGUGGCGCCAUUAUUACCGAGCACCUCCAGACCCUGUCCUCCGCGCUCGCUUUCCUCAACCAUGUCGGCCUUUACCCGAUCGUCGUUCACGGUGCCGGUCCCCAACUCAACCGUAUGCUCGAGGCUGCUGGUGUCGAGCCCCAUUUUGAGGACGGAAUCCGGGUCACAGAUGGUAAGACCCUCGCGUUGGCCCGUAAGCUGUUCCUUGAGGAGAACAUGAAGUUGGUGGAGGAGCUUGAGCGUAUGGGUGUGCGUGCUCGUCCUUUGACUGCCGGCGUUUUCUCCGCCGACUACUUGGACAAGGAGAAGUACAACCUGGUCGGUAAGAUCAAUGGCGUUGACAAGAAGCCCAUUGAGGCUGCUAUUGCCGCUGGUUGUCUGCCUAUCCUGACCUCCAUGGCUGAGACCCCCGAUGGUCAGGUCCUGAAUGUCAACGCGGAUGUUGCUGCCGGUGAGCUUGCCCAUGCUCUGCAGCCACUGAAGAUUGUCUACCUGGCUGAGAAGGGUGGUCUGUUCAACGGUGACACUGGCGAGAAGAUCUCCGUCAUUAACCUGGAUGAGGAGUAUGAGCACCUGAUGAGUCAGUGGUGGGUGCGCCACGGUACUCGCUUGAAGAUCAAGGAGAUGAAGGAGCUUCUGAGCGAUCUUCCCCGCUCUUCCAGUGUGGCUAUCAUUCACCCUGCUGAUCUGCAGAAGGAGCUGUUCACCGACUCUGGUGCUGGUACCCUGAUCCGCCGCGGUAACAAGAUUCACGUCAAGACCUCUCUUUCCGAGUUCGAGGACCUCCAGGCUCUGAAGGACGUUCUGGUUCGUGACCGUGAGGGCCUGGAUGCUCGCGCUGUUGUUGACCGUUACGUCGAGGGUCUGAAGGAGCACGACUUCAAGGUUUACUACGAUGACCCCAUGGAGGCUCUGGCUGUUGUCCUGCCCCCUCAGCAGGGCUCCUUGAUCGCCCAGAUGGCUACUUUCACCAUCACCAAGUCUGGAUGGUUGACUAACGUUGCCGACAAUGUCUUCGCUAGCGUCAAGAAGGACUUCUCCAAGCUGGCUUGGACUGUCAAGGAGGACGAUGAGAACCUGACCUGGUUCUUUGACAAGGCUGACGGCAGCCUGAGCCGUGACGGUGAAGUUCUCUUCUGGUACGGUGUCGAGGAGGGUGAGGAGGUCAAGCAGCUGGUUCAGGAAUUCACCAAGAACGGCCGCCAGAUGUUCGGUGACAUCAACCUGGAGUCCCGCCUCCACCGCGCCCACCAGGCUGCUUCCUUGCCCAAGGGCUUCGGUGCCAGCGGUGCCUCCGCUGAGCAGAAGCGUGCUUUCUCUACCACCUCUAACGUUCUGCGUGCUGCCCGCGCUGUGCGCCCUGCCGUUGCUGUCAAGGGUAUCCGCACUUACGCCACCACCAACCCCAACCCUCCCCUCGGUGAGAAGAACGCCUCCAACUCCACCCCUGCCAAGGUCGCUCUUAUCGGUGCCCGUGGUUACACUGGCCAGGCCUUGAUCAACCUGCUCAAUGCCCACCCCAACAUGGAUCUCCGCCACGUCUCAUCGCGUGAGCUUGCCGGUCAGAAGCUCAAGGGCUACGACAAGCGCGAGAUCAUCUACGAGAACCUCAGCCCCGAUGAUGUCCGCAAGAUGUCCGCUAACGGUGAUGUUGACUGCUGGGUUAUGGCUCUGCCUAACGGUGUUUGCAAGCCUUUCGUUGACGCUGUUGACGAGGGCGCUGCCCAGGGCAAUGUCAUUGUUGACCUGAGCGCUGACUACCGUUUCGAUUCUAAGUGGACUUACGGUCUGCCCGAGCUGGUCGACCGCUCCAAGAUUGCUCGUGCUACCCGUAUCGCCAACCCUGGAUGCUACGCCACUGCUGCUCAGCUCGGCAUUGCUCCCCUUGUUCCCUUCCUUGGUGGCCAGCCUACCACUUUCGGUGUUUCUGGCUACUCCGGUGCCGGUACCAAGCCCAGCCCCAAGAACGACGUCAACUUUCUCACCAACAACCUCAUCCCUUACAGUUUGACUGACCACAUCCACGAGCGCGAGAUCAGCGCUCAACUCGGUGCCAACGUUGCGUUCAUUCCCCACGUUGCUGUCUGGUUCCAGGGUAUCUCCCACACCAUUAGCAUUCCCCUCAACAAGGAGAUGACAUCUCGUGACAUCCGCAACAUCUACCAGGAUCGUUACGCUGGCGAGAACCUCGUCAAGGUCGUCGGUGAGGCUCCUUUGGUUAAGGACAUUGCUGGUCGUCACGGUGUUGACAUUGGUGGCUUUGCUGUUCACUCCAGCGGCAAGCGUGUUGUUGUCUGUGCUACUAUUGACAACCUGCUUAAGGGUGCCGCUACUCAGUGUCUCCAGAACAUGAACUUGGCUCUGGGUUACUCUGAGUACCAGGGUAUUCCCCUUGAGUAA